ACCGGAGCAACAUGGACCAGUACAGUGUACAAGCGACGCUUGCUGACGCCAAGGACAGCGUCGUCUUGCGCUGCGUGCGCCUCUCGAACGCAACGACGUACGUCAUCAAGCGCACAGUCAUCUCGCGCGACACGAAGGCGAGUCUCAUUAGCGAAAUGCAAGCCUACCGCGCGCUCCAAGGGCCCAUCCGUACGCGUCAUGUCGUCCGGCUCUUGCACGCGUUCCAAGAAAAACAGCACCAGCAUCUCGUGCUCGAGCACUGCGCCAACGGCGACCUCUACCACGCCCUCCAGACGUCCCGUCCCGGCGACCGGACGAUGUGCGCACACAAGUACUUUUCCCAAAUCGCCGCCGGCCUCGGCUACAUCCAUAGCUGCGGCCUUGCGCACCGCGAUCUCUCGCUCGAAAACGUUUUUGUUGACGCCAACGGCAAUCUCAAGAUCGGCGACUUUGGCCUCGCCAUGCCGCUCCAUGGCAUCUCGACCCACGCCGUUGGCAAGUCGUAUUACAUGGCGCCCGAGAUGCACGGACCACACGGGUACAGCGCGGCCAAGGUCGAUGUGUGGUCGUUGGGUAUUUUGCUCUGGAUGCUCUUGACGGGUGUGCCGCUGGUUGAGGCGUCAAGCGACGACGACCAAGCAUUUGGGUACUUGAAGCGGUGUGGCGUGCGCGGUCUCGUGGACGUGUGGAAACUGGAGAUGCCGAACGACGCAGUCGAGAUGCUCGAGAUGCUGCUGGUCGUCGACCCGACGCGGCGACCUGAUAUGGCGACCGUCCUGCAGCACUCGUACGCGCUUGCUGACUAGAGGACACAUUCAAUUUAGCUAACUUAAGUCG